AUGGCUGCCUUCUGCAAAGGCAGGUACCGGUGUAAACGGCAACUAUUCCAACAAAUUCUAACCAGAGGCUUAACAGGGAAAUAUGACUAUGACCUCGUGGUUAUUGGUGGCGGUUCCGGGGGCUUGGCGUGUUCGAAAGAGGCUGCUCAGUUUGGGAAGAAAGUUGCUGUCCUAGACUAUGUAGACCCCACACCUAAAGGCACAAAGUGGGGGCUUGGUGGGACCUGUGUGAAUGUGGGCUGUAUUCCUAAGAAGCUUAUGCAUCAGUCUGCCCUGCUGGGAGCAGCUGUGAAGGAUGCCAGGAAGUAUGGCUGGAACAUCCCUGACCCAAUUACUCAUGACUGGCCCACAAUGGCAGAGGCUGUGCAGAACCACGUGAGAUCCCUCAACUGGGGCCACCGCGUCCAGCUGCAGGACAAGAAAGUGAAAUAUUUUAACUUGAAAGGCAGCUUGGUGGAUGAGCACACCAUCAGGGGCGUUAGUAAAGCGGGAAAGGAGACCCUCCUGACGGCGGCAAAUAUCGUGAUCGCGACUGGCGGGAGGCCCAAGUACCCUGUGAACAUCCCUGGAGCAGUGGAGCACUGCAUCACCAGUGAUGAUAUCUUCUGGCUGAGGGAGUCCCCAGGGAAGACGCUUGUUGUUGGUGCCAGCUAUGUCGGCCUAGAGUGCGCUGGUUUUCUGACAGGCAUCGGACUGGACACCACCAUCAUGGUCCGCAGCAUCGCCCUGCGAGGGUUCGACCAGCAAAUGGCGAAUCUGGUGACAGAUUACAUGGAGUCCUACGGCACGAAGUUUGCAUGGAAGUGCGUCCCCAAGAAGGUGGAAAAGCUGUCAUCGGGGGCUCUGCAGGUGACGUGGGAAGACAUAGGAUCGAGACGGGAGGAGCAGGACACCUUUGACACAGUGUUGUGGGCUGUAGGCAGAGCCCCUGAAACCAAGAUGCUCAACCUGGAGAAAGUAGGAGUGGCGCUCAACAAGGAAUCGGGUAAAGUAAUCGUCGCAGCUGAUGAAGCAACAUCUGUACCACAUAUCUACGCCAUCGGAGACAUCGGAGAGGGCCGUCCUGAGCUGACCCCCACUGCCAUUAAGGCCGGGAAGCUUCUGGCCCGAAGGCUCUUCAGUGCGUCGAGAGAGCUCAUGAACUAUGACAGUGUCCCCACCACCGUCUUCACACCGCUAGAGUAUGGCUGCGUGGGGCUGUCUGAGGAGGAGGCCGAGAAACGGCACGGGAAGGACGGGAUCGAGGUUUACCAUGCCUUCUACAAGCCUCUUGAAUUCACAGUUGCAGAGAGAGAUGCCAGCCAGUGUUACAUAAAGGUGGUGUGCCUACGAGAGGGAGACCAGAGGAUCCUGGGACUUCACUUCACUGGCCCCAAUGCUGGGGAGGUCACGCAGGGAUUCGCUUUGGGCUUCCGGUGUGGGGCCACAUACCUCCACCUGCUGGACACCGUCGGGAUCCACCCCACCUGCGCCGAGGAGGUGACUAAACUGCACAUCAACAAGCGCUCGGGCCUGGACGCCACGGUGACGGGCUGCUGAGGUUAAGCCCCUCCCUGAAGCUGUGAGCGCACAAGAGUCUCCACCCUUUCUCCUGGCCUCGCACAGUUGAUGCUCUCCCGAGCCUGUCUCUCUCUCUCUCUCAUCCUCGUAACUCAACACCAGUGGUGUUAAUGCCGUCUGUACUCUGGCCUAUCCUGUUGAACACCAGCCGUGUUAACGCCUUCCUCGCUUGGCCCCAUUAUCAUACCAAACACAACCACUGCUAACACAUCACAAAGCUGAGCAUCACUUCACCCUUCUUUCGAAUGUCCUCUUAAUCCAUGUGGUUGGAACAGAAUAGACCUGAGAUUUACAUCACUUUAAAUGCAGAUUAUGAGGCUAGUCUCCUGUGUGUAUUUAUAAGCAGCCUGGACUAUCAGCCAAACCUCUGGCACCUACAUUUAAAAAGAGUAAAAAUCCAGAACAAAUCAAGGGUAGGGAAACCGCAAACAGGAGUGACUACAUAAACAGGGCAAUAAAUCAGGAUUACUGGCUGCUACAGUUUGUUGAAAUGGAACUGUAAAAGGCGGCGUAAUGUUUUUAAGCUCUAUUCUGCAAAUAUUGUUGUUACUCCGUCUGUACUUCCUGUCCAUUCGUCUUGAGAGCGACACAUAUGCUGGCUGUGACACUGAUGGAUGAGCGAGAGCCGUCGCCACAGUGACACCGCUGCGUUUCCCAUGGACGCAGACAAACAUUUGGCGAGCCUGCUGUCAUUCAGCCGAGGGCUUGUCGUGGGUAAAGUGCAUGCUUGUUUAGGUACAGGCUCCUGCAGUUCCCCCUAUACACAGAGGAAUACAGCUGAAUUACAAUAACACCCUCUGUCAGUCUCUGCGUUACAAAUCUUUGGCAAGUUCGCCUGAGCUGGAUAUGAAAUGAAUGGAAAUAUUUCCACAGGCAAUCAUCGAAGUAACCACAAGGUGGUGCUAUUGUAUUGUGUCCACAUUCCUAAGAAAUUUGCUGAUCAAGAAAUUCUAGCCUGAUUUAAAACAAUCUUUUCUGAAAUCAGAAUAUGAAGAAAUGUAGUUUGAUGUCAAAGGGUAUUUUAGAUUAUAUCAACAAGAAAAUAUAGGCAAAAACAUUGGCAAAAAAUGAGGAGACUGAAUUUUAUCUACAGUUCAGGACUGAAUGGAAUGCUUCUGGGGAAUGAACCUUUUGAGGAGGGCUGUGUUGAAAAUGUAUCUGUGUUAAGUUUUCAUUUAAAUAAUUGAAACAAACCAAGACAUGCAUUUAACUCCCCACAAGUAUGCCUCCCCCCCUGUCUUUCAUUAAAAACAACAAAUAUGCAUAUCCUGGAAAAUGGAACAGGGGAGGGUGGAGGCAGAAAUGGCAGGACUUGCUUUAUUUUUGUUUGAAGUCUAAUCUGUGAGGCCUGAUUAAUGACUGUGGCGAGGGGAGUGACGGCGGCCGGUAGGACUGAGGAGCGAGAGAGAGAGUGUGCUCACGCCGCCAGGAUUGUUUGUACCUGGGGCAGAGGGAGAGCGAGGCCUGGGUGGAGAUUCCUGUGCGCCCCGCUCAGGGACGGGGGGUUUGCUGAUGGAGGAACCCUAACCCCCCCCCCCCCCCAGCACAGGGGAAAGCCGACAGCUUAACUCUAUCACCCCAACGCAAAGCACGCACACUGUGACCGCAGGGCUGGGCUGCUCCAGCCUCCCGAUCAGAAUGGCAGCUGUUCGAGGGUAACGGACGCGCCCCUGCGUAACGAAGCGCCCUGGAAUCGGUGCCUGCAAUCGGCGCCACUGUGAAGCGAAUCACUGGUGCGGCAUGACUGCCUUGUCUGUGGCACUCUGUGUCUCUCUUCUCUCUUAAUGACAUGUUUGCGUUCUUAGCUUCAACGUUAAGACACUGGCCAUAAUCAUGGAUUACGCAUGAAUCGGUAUAGCAGUAGUUACAGAAGGUUAAAUAUCACAAAGAGUGCUUCAGAUUGCCUUGAUUUGAGAAGCAACGGAGACGGCAGCCCCAGCUCUGCUUACACGCACUAUAUAGGGGUCAGGGUCCAGCUUUCAUGGGUCCAGCUCAUGAUGACUUGUUCUAAAACCCAAACUGGGAUGAACAAGUUUGAUGUCGCCUGGACACUAACAUAUGCUACUGUAAAUAUGAUUUACAGUAAUAUAAUAUACGAUUAUGUUUUGUACGCAGGUAUUUAUAUGUAAAGUAGCAAUUAUGAGAUUGUACAGCAA